AUGGCUGACAAGGAUUCGGAAGCUGAUAGAUCCAGCAUUUUUGACAUCGUUGUUCGAGCGGAUCUUGUCGGUCUUAAACAGGCCCUAUCUACGAAGCAAGUAGAUAUCGAUGCUCGAGAUUCAACCGGCCGAACUGCGCUACACAUAGCUGUUAUUGCAGCAACAGUAGAUAUUUGCCAAUACCUGAUUGAUUAUGGCGCAAACUUGGACAGUUGGACCGAGCAAGGCGAAGCGAUAGUACAUCUAGCUGCUAAGAGGGGAGAAGUUGAUAUUUUGCGCACUGUAAUGGAAUCCGUUGCAACAAAGCAACGAGCCAUUCAGGGCGAAGAUAAAUCUAUGGCACAGACAAAAGCUAGCGAUAAAAGCGAUAAAGGUAACCGCAGAGUCCAUGUUGAUUCUCUGACACAAAAGUACCAGAUGUCGCCCCUCUAUAUUGCCGUUGCUCUGGCACAUGUGGAAGUUGCAGAGGUGUUGCUGACCACCUAUCAGGCGAAUGCCAACAUCAUUUCGGGUCGGCAAGACGCCCAACGGGGCACGCGAACUGCUCAUGUUCUUGAAGCAGCCCUCCAGCAUCCGCGGGACGUUUGUCGCCCCCUGCUAAAAAUGUUGCUUCAGCAUGGUGCAAGUUUGCUUGACCCAUCCUCAAACACGAUAUCGGAGUCGCUCCUUUUCCUAGCUCUUAAGCGAGAUGAAGAUGCACUGGAUAUAUUCGCUGAGCUUGAUAACCAAAAUUUCAUGGUUGCAAUUUCCAACACAGUCUGGUCUGGGCCUAUGAGUUGCCACAAUAUUUUGACUAGUGCCAUUCAACAUGGGCUGGAGAAUGCUGCCUUCAAGCUUCUCUCGUACGGAGCGCCUCCGCAACUAAAAUUCAACUCUUCUUUGGACAUUGUUGCUGGCUUUACUCCGUUUGGCAAAACGCCUCAGGAGGCUGCCGAGGGCGAUUUCUGGCAGCCAAUCUUGAUAGCUGCUAUGAACGAAAUGCCGCGACUGAUGAUCGAUUUAUUAGAUCGUGGAGCAGAUCCUAACUCUAGGCUGACAGAUCAUCAAGCUCGCUACAUGCUUCAUCAUCGUGAUUGUCGCACUGUAUUGGAUAUCGUUAAGGCGAAACUCGUAGAGUUGCGCAAUUGGAACAAAAAGGAAGAAAGCGCUAGUUACGAUAUCAGAGGAACGCCUGAGGAAGCCAAGCAGAUCACUGCAAAGGAAAACGCGGUAGCCCAGCUUAUUAAGGAAUAUGAAGAAGUGGAAGCAAAAUUGAUCUCCACGGGAGCUGAGACAUCUGAUGGACUGAACUUACAAGACCCACCAACACCGGUUUCUAUCCGACCUCACAAGAGAGUUCAAUUACAUGCUCCUAGUUCUUUGGAGAUGGAGGUUCAGACACCGCCGGCCUCUAAGGAAAUUGACCCCAGAAAGCUAGAAACGCUAGAGGAUGGUCAUCAAGCGCUUCUCUCAGCAUGUAGAGAGGGAAAUGCACCGUUGCUUAAAGCACUAACUCUGGGAGAAUGGGGUACAGAUGCAAAAUUCCCCCCCAUUUCAGUAUCAGCGGUAUCAGGAUAUUCCAGGGGCCCAUUCUUCGCGGCUGUGGAAUCCAAAAACUACGAUAUAGCCCGCACCGUCAUUCAUAUCGCUACUGUCCAGCACGUAGACUUCGCAGAUAAUGAGGAAAAUGAUCUAUGCAUCGGGUUGGCCGAUGAUCACUACUCAGUUUCAAGGAUCAAAGCUGUCUCAGCACAAGUCAAGUCUACCUUAACUGCCAAGAAGAUUGUCUUUGACAGCAAUAUCUGCUUCGCUGCAGAAAAACAAAAAGAUAUGCAGAUGCUACGAUUCGCAAUCGAUGUGGAAUCUUCGUUUUCGCUUGAGCAAAGCGAUAUUGAUCGCCACAUCCAUCAUGCAUGGGCUCUGGUGAAACAUGGUGACUGGCCUGAUGCCUUCGAAGAGUAUAUCAAAGCAACUGGUGCACCAUUUAAGCAUGUAGUGAGUCAAGCCUGGUCAGGCAACCUGGAUAUGGUGCGUUUCUUCCUCGACAAAGAAAGGGCAAUGGCAGCAUAUAGGCACUUCGCAAAGAACCACGAUUUUACAACCCGCAAAACUGGCCCCGAGCAAUCUCGAGAAGAAUUUAUAACCACUGUAGAGAAAUGGAUAGACAAUCGACGUAACCUUGUCUUACACUGUGCUGUCAUUUCUCGAAGCAUAGAGCUUGUCAAGUUUUUAUUAUCAGCUCGCCCAGAGCUUCUUGAGGUCCAAUCUAUAGAUGGGUGGACACCCCUUUUGACCGCGGCAAUUCAUCAAAGAAUUGAGGCUCUUCACAUUCUUCUUGAAGCGGGUGCUAGCCCCUUUGCCACUGAUACAUUCGGUCGCAAUAUGCUUCAUCUCCUUCUGGUUAGUCCAGGACAAAGUUAUAUUGCCGAGCCUGAAAAGUUGGCGUCCUUCCUCCGGUCAAUGAAUGGAGUAGUGUUGCAUCAGUUGCUGGAGCAACGUUGUGACGAAAGUCCUGGUGGUCAAACACCUAUCGCCCGGGGCAUUUCCCUUCGGUCUCCACCAAACGCAGUGCUCACAACUUUGCUCGAACUAUCCAAUUUGUCAGUGCUGGGGAUGCUAGAUGGUGGGGGUUAUACUCCCCUCCACACCGUUAUAAAUUCUUCCAUGGAAAACCUAGUUCACCCUGUUGUUCAAAAGGCGCCUCACGUUUUGCUCUAUGAAGAUACACGUGGGAAAACUCCUCUUGAUGUUGCUGUCGAAAAGCAACUUCACGGAUUCAUAGAGUGUUUCAUGUCAAGCUAUACCCGAAAUAAAAAAUACCAACCAUCUUCUCCGCUUCUCCAGUGGCCUCUAUUUGCCUUCGGUACGGAUUACAGUGGCCCCAUGCAAACUAAAGAUCCAUACAAAACAUGGGAAAUUAGCCAAGAGCUAGCCAAAUCCUUGAAAUAUCGGCAAUACUCCCGGAAGUUCGUUAUGCAGACAGAACGGCAAGAAAUAGAAGAACUGUACGUGUAA